AGAUAAGCCAAUCAGGAAUGGCGGGAGGGAGCUUUCUUAUGGUGCUGGUUCCUCGAUUAGGAGCCUCUCCAGGGAAGUAAAACCCAGUCGCAGCGACCGCGGAACUGUGCUCAGGACCAGAGCUGAGAGGAUCCGUCGAGUGCCAUCGGCGCCAGCUGUGGAGGAGAGGACGAGGAUACGAGAAUGUCAAGUACUGUGUCCUACUGGCUCUUCAAUUCUGCAAGAAGUUGCAUUGCUAUAUUACCAGGGGGUAGUCGCUUAUACUCAAGGGCUGCCACGAGUAGGAAUCAUCUGAAAUGGAGGCUCUUUUCUCCAUCAUCGUCAGCCAUAAAGGACAGUUCUCCAUGUGGUGGCUUUGCUCUGCGGAAAGCCUACAGACACACAUCAACCGAGGAAGAGGAUUUCCACUUACAGCUCAGCCCCGAACAGGUCAGUGACAUGCUCCGAGCUGGAGAGUCAUCCCACAAGAUUCUUGAUUUCAACAACGGAGUUCCAAAUUCAGUGUUAAGGUUUGAGAGCAACCAGUUGGCUGCCAAUUCCCCAGUGGAGGACCGACAAGGUGUAGCUUCUUGCGUGCAAACGAAUGGGAUGAUGUUUGGUAUUUUUGAUGGACAUGGUGGCCAUGCAUGUGCACAGGCGGUGAGUGAGAGGAUUUUCUACUAUAUGGCGGUGUCCUUGAUGUCCCAUCAGACCUUGGAGCAGAUGGAAGAAGCAAUGGAAAACAUGAAGCCUUUGCUGCCCAUCCUGCAGUGGCUCAAGCACCCUGGAAACAGUAUUUAUAAAGAUGUCACAUCAGUACAUCUGGACCACCUCCGUGUCUAUUGGCAGGAACUCCUUGACCUGCAUAUGGAAACAGGGCUAAGCAUUGAAGAAGCAUUGAUGUAUUCCUUCCAGAGACUGGAUUCUGACAUCUCGCUAGAAAUUCAGGCUCCUCUGGAAGAUGAGGUAACAAAGAACUUAUCCCUCCAGGUUGCUUUUUCUGGGGCAACAGCCUGCAUGGCCCACAUCAAUGGAGUUCACCUGCAUGUAGCAAAUGCUGGUGACUGCCGGGCUAUCCUUGGUGUCCAGGAAGACAAUGGUGCGUGGUCAUGUUUACCUCUUACCAAUGACCACAAUGCUUGGAAUGAGGCUGAGCUGUCCCGGCUUAAGAGAGAACACCCUGAAUCUGAGGACAGGACACUCAUCAUAGAUGAUAGACUGCUGGGUGUACUUAUACCCUGCAGGGCUUUCGGGGAUGUCCAGCUAAAAUGGAGUAAAGAGUUGCAGCGUAACGUUCUAGAGAGGGGCUUUGAUACCGAGGCCCUCAACAUCUACCAGUUUACCCCGCCCCACUACUACACUCCACCCUACCUGACUGCCAAGCCUGAGGUUACGUACCACAGGCUGAGGCCCCAAGAUAAGUUCCUCGUGCUGGCCUCAGAUGGCCUGUGGGACAUGCUGGGCAAUGAGGAUGUGGUAAGGCUGGUGGUAGGGCACCUGUCCAAGGUUGGUCGCCAUAAGCCGGACCUGGACCAAAGACCAGCCAACCUUGGCCUCAUGCAGAGUCUGCUGCUGCAGAGGAAAGCCAGCGGACUCCAUGCAGCUGACCAAAAUACAGCCACGCAUCUGAUCAGACAUGCCAUCGGGAGCAACGAGUAUGGGGAGAUGGAGCCGGAGCGGCUGGCUGCUAUGCUGACACUGCCAGAGGAUGUGGCCAGGAUGUACCGGGAUGAUAUCACUGUCAUGGUGGUGUUUUUUAACUCAGAUUCAAUUGAUACCUAUUAUAAGGAGGGUUAAGAGUCUUACCCUGUUGCCAAGGCUAACAUGGAUGCCUUUAGAACAUUCCACUCAUUCCUUAGUGAGCAAUUCAAACCUUAAUAAAGAAUAGGCAGGCAUAGGUUGCUGAGCAAUUAACAAAAGAAGGGAGGGAAAACCACCCUUAGUGCAUUAAAAACAAAACAAAACAAAACAAAGACGUUAGGAGUGACUUUUGUCCUGUGUGCUCUGGUCAGCUCUUCUAUGCAGCAGACAGAAAAAAGACUAAAACUGGCUUAGGCUCAUGUAGCCCAUGUCCUUUAUAAAAAAAGACUGUUAAAUUGUGUCAACCUGUGCUUUUAAAGGAUACAUUUAAUCAUGAGUCUAAGAAUAAAGAACUCCAGGAUCUUCCGAGACCCAGUUGCAAGUUUUACAGAUGUGAUCAUUCUGAACUAUGUUAUGGGCAACUUCUAGGCUCAGGUGUUUUUGUUUUUUAAUUAGGGAAGCCUAGGUUUACAAAGCAAUCUUCAGGGCACUUUUCUAUGUUGUAUUCUAACUUUGUGUGUGUGUGUCUGAAAUGACUGAUGAUAUUCUGUGCCGGUUGUGUUUUGACGCUGGUUGUUUAUUUUAAAUCUGAAUCCUCAAGCUUUCAAGCAGGACUGCCAGAAGCAUGUUUGGGACCUCAGCUGAGGAUGAGAGGAGCUAGCCCUGUGGGCCAGCUGAAUUUAAUUGUGCAGCUAUUGUUUCCCUCCGUUAAGCCUCACCUCUGAACCUUUGAGCCGUCUGAGGAGGUGAUUUCUGUCUAAUCCCUAACUCCUGGCAUUUUUGCUUAGCAAACGGUUUUCCCCCUAGGCUUAGCCACGGGUUAUUCAUAAUUUUAGGUUCCUUUUGAUUAUAGCCUUCAAACACUCUUGACUCCAUGUGACAGCCCCACCUCUGCCAUUCUGCCUAGCCUCAUCCUGACAUUACUUGUUCUAUUGUCCAGAGGUUGGAAGAAAGAUGAUGUGGUCGGGAGGUAGUUGAGGACAUUAGGCUGACAGACUUUUUCAGUGGUUUGUGGACUUGAGAGUUCAGCCUGGAUCUAGAGAAGUGAAAGUAAGGUCCUAGGAGAACAGCCAGGAUCUGAGGCUGUCUCUCUGCAUCUUGGAAGGGAGGAGGGAGACUUAUCAGAUGGGCCACCUGCCCCUGCCUGUUGAGUUGCCAUCGCUACGCCUUGGGAACUAGACCAUAUUUGGUGUGAUAGUUAGGUGAAAGUUAAAAAGCUUCUGGUCAUAGUCCUCAUGGGUUGUUGGUGUUUGCUUGAAAACUAAUUUGCACAAGUCCAUUUUAGAGGAUAAACUUCCUCCUCUCUUGGGUGGCCAUUGAACUGCAGGGAAUGUGUCCCUAAAUGGAAACACGUAUUUUUUUUGGCAGUUUUAAUUUCCUGUCCUUUGUCAGUGCUUCACUGUAGGCAAGGCUCUUCACUUGAUCCUUUCUGUUGUUUAUCCACUGCGCCAUCCACACACUGGGCUUGGCCCCUUGGCUUUGUGGGUAGACAUUCCUUCACGAUCAGACUCGGUUAGCAAAAUAGCUCAGUGGGUAAAGGCUGCCAGUCUCAAAAUCCUGAGUUCCAUCCCGGGGACCCACAUGAUGAAAGGAGUUGAAAGUUGUCCUCUGCCUCCACGUGAGCACCAUGGCACAUGAACUCACACAAAAUAAAUAAAAUGAAAAGAAGAGCCAGGCAGGCAGUGGUGCACACCUUUAAUCCCAGCACUCAGGAGUCCAAGGCAGGUGGAUCUUUGUGAGUUCGAGGCCAGCCUGGUCUACAGAGAGUUCCAGGACAGCCAGGACUAUAUAGAGAAACCUUGUCUUGACCCCCACUCCCACCAAAAAAAAAAAAAAAUCAGGAUGGCUUUUGUACAUUUUCUAGUGUACCUGUUUAGUGGUAUGGUUUUAUGUUAAAAAAAAAAAAAAAGAAACAGAACUAUUUGGGUCCUUUUUUUACUCAAAAGUAAAAUCUAAACGUUCCCCUUGAGGAGCCUGUUCCCACACUCCGGUGUGUUUACUUUCUGUGGCCCACACUUACGCUCUCAGGUGUGGCUUACCUUCUGAGUGCCUCUUUCUCCUAAUCCUCAUGCUUACACAUCUAUCCUAAAUAAUGACCCCAACUCUGCCACCUCAAAAUAAAAUAGAAAAUGAAAAACUUGGGUGUGGUGGUGCCUGCCUUAAUUCUAGCACUUGAGUGGCAGAGGAAAGAUCAGAAGUUCAAGAAAGAUACGUGAGACUCUUCUACAAAAAUUAGUGUGUCCUAGCUAGGCACUAAGGCCAUCCUAGGCUACACAGUGGGACCUUGCCUCAGAAAAAAAAAAUACAAAACAUAAUCCCAAACAUGAGUCACUACUAUUCUAGAUUUAUGGCUUGUUAUUUGAAUAGAAGACACUAUUUGACUUUUUUUUUUUUUUCCCCUUUGCUUUCUGUGCCAGCCAAACCCAGGAUCAUCCUUGGAGCCUUAACUGGCAUUCAGUGUCUGAGCCCUAUUUUGAAGGCUGGCAUGGGUCAUAAAAGGUUCUGAUUCCAGUAACUUAUCCUGGAGCUGAUAGAACACAGACCUCCCAUCUGUAUCUCCAAGCGAGUCUGUGUCUUCUCACUGUCUAAUAGAUGUCUCUGCUUUCCAGCUGAAAUAUUGAGAGAGAAGAGAAGGCAAUUUAUUGUCUACCUUUUUCUCUGCCGUUGAACUCAGCUUUUCUGUGCCUGUUCCAGUGAGUAUAUUGUCUUCUGGUUACAUACCAGUGUCUAUCUUGCUGCCUAUGACUCUUGCUUGGUAGGGUCUCCCUUGAAGCGAACGAGCUUUUGCUUCGGGACACCGAAAUUAGAAAGGAGAUUCAUGGUCCUUGUCAGUUCUUCCAAAGUUCUUAUCAUUCCUUUCAUAUAGAGAUUUCGAUUUUUAGACUUUUAAAAUUUAAAUAGUGAGGUUGACUAUUUAGUAUUGCAGAUGUAGUUUUUGAAAGAAGUAUGUCUUGGUGCUUAAAGUGACACUUAUGAUUUGGGGUCAGAAACAGAUGGAAAUGGUAUAAUUUAGAUAUUUGUUUUAUGUGUAAACAGUACAGUGCUAUUGAUUUCCAAAGUUAAUAAAGCUAUAGAAAAGAUGAUAGUUUUGAGUGUAUAUUAGAUCAUGUUAAUAAGAUUCAGUUUUCUGAGAUAUUUGUAACGUUAAAGCUAACUUAUUGUAAUGUAAACUUUGAGAUGUUGUAAUAUAUGGACAUUUCCCCCAGAAGUUCAUUUGGCUUAAUAAAAGCUAAAAAGCUUUUAGGUUUUAAAAACUUGAUUGAGACACAAUCAAGCUGACGACUUUUAAACAUAGAUAAAAUUCGGACGGCUUGACCUUCAGAUAAAGAAGGGUAUAAUUAUGUCGAACAGCAACUUUCAAAAGGAGGCUGGUUCUGUCCUUUUGACGGUCAGUUUCUCUUCUUUAUUGGACAGCUGUAACCUUCCAGGUUAAACCAGAAUAUUCUGGAAUGGAGCCAUUGCAGUGCUGAGUCUUUGAAGUGCCGCAGCUGCUGUAGACGCGACCUGCUAGCUUUGGGUUUGAGGAUCAAAGCUAGUGAUGCCUUUCAUGCCCUAAACGGUCAUGUGGGUAGCCUGGUGGGGGAGGCAUGUUUAGGCUACUAUGUAACUGUUUCUUGAGCCUUCUGAGGUCCUGUGCUUUCUUCCUUCGAUUCCUGGUGUCUAACUUGCCUCCUGGAAAAUACUUCUUACUUAGCAUUUUCUUGGAGCAAUCAUUAACCAUGUUCCUUAAUAAUUACUGGCAUUUGUAUUUUAAACUGUGUACCGAGUGUUCCUAUCUGACACUGAUUUUCUAACCUUUGAGGAUAUUUAAGUAGAACUUUUAAAUAAAAGAGGCAAAAUGAAAUUUGGCUUCCUUUAGUUUGAACAUUA